UAAAGCGGGAGGCGGCGGCGGCGGCGCGCGGGCUGAGGUGCCGUGAGGCAGCGGCGGGCGCCAUGGAGGCGGCGCGGAGCUGUAACGGCUACGCGCGGGAGGAGCGGCCGCCGCCUUCUUCUUCCUCCUCCUCCUCGGCGGGCGCGGAGAAGCCGCGCAUCGUCUCCUCUUCCUCCUCCUCCGGCGGCGGCGGCCUGGGCGGCUGGCGGGGCGAGCGGCCGCGCAGCGAGGAGGACAACGAGCUGAGCCUGCCCAGCCUGGCGGCCGCCUACACCACCAUCCUGCGCUCGCUGGGCGAGGACCCCGAGCGGCAGGGGCUGCUCAAGACGCCGUGGCGGGCGGCCACCGCCAUGCAGUUCUUCACCAAGGGCUACCAGGAGACCAUCUCGGAUGUUCUGAAUGACGCCAUCUUUGAUGAAGAUCAUGAUGAGAUGGUAAUUGUGAAGGACAUAGACAUGUUCUCGUUGUGUGAGCAUCACCUCGUUCCAUUUGUUGGAAAGGUACAUAUUGGCUAUCUUCCAAACAAACAAGUACUCGGGCUCAGCAAGCUUGCUAGGAUCGUGGAAAUAUACAGUAGAAGAUUACAAGUCCAGGAACGCCUUACCAAACAAAUUGCAGUAGCCAUCACAGAAGCCUUACAGCCUGCUGGAGUUGGAGUGGUUAUUGAAGCCACGCAUAUGUGUAUGGUAAUGCGUGGGGUACAGAAAAUGAACAGUAAAACAGUAACCAGCACAAUGUUGGGGGUAUUCCGGGAAGAUCCAAAGACCCGUGAGGAAUUCUUGACUCUCAUCAGGAGCUGAAACUGUGCCAUUCUCUAAAUGCACUGUGGAGGUUGUUCUGUCCAGUGUCACUGUCUGUUCUUAUCUGUUUCUACAUCUCUCUUUUAAACUAAAUCGUCAUGAAUUGUUGUCAUAGUCUUUGUGCAGUGAAAGACUUCUGAUGGCAAAUGAAAAAUGUAACGAUGCGGUAGGCUUGUCCUGGAUUUCUAAUACUGCUGAUGUCACAGAAUUACACAGCUGUGAAUAGGGUUUUGAAAAUGCUUUUUCAUCUGGAACACAAAAUAUACUGCCAUUAGGAGAAAAAUGGAAUUUGAGUGAAAUGGAUAUUUAUGAAAUAGUUCUGUUUUGUAGAAUAAAUACAGUGCAGCAUAGGAAACAAUCGAAAGGCUGUGGAUCCUUGUAGGACUGCUUACAUGCUGCAAAUACUGUACCACUGCCUGAAGAGGAUGGUCCUGAAUUUUAUCUGACUGUAUUUUAUUACAAAUCCUUUGGCUGUUUCAAUAUAUGGAUAUGUAUGUUAUACCUCUUGGAGAUGUUACCUCUGGUGGUGUUUUAUAUUCUUGCUAGUAUUCAUCUUUUUAAAUUUUUUUAAUUAAUUUGAGAAUUAAAUGUGUUUUUCCUAGCCUCUUAACGUGCAGGGAAUUAAUUGCUAAAUGAUUUGGGGCGCAGCCUUACUUGCUGUAAAGGGUUUUAUGCACCUUCUUCUCUGUGCCUCAGAAUAUCCGACCAGGUUAGCUAUCAAUUUCUGACUAUUUUUAAGCAAACUUUAACAGAGAAGAAAAAAAAAAAAAGACCCAGAGUCUGUGUCUGCAAAAACCUAAGAUAUCCAAAGAGGUUUUUAAUGAUUUUUUGUGUGUUGAGUUUUCCUUCUCGGAUUUCCAUGGGUUUGUUAGACUGAGUAGCUAAAACUAGUCCGGUAUUCUGAAAACAAAGAUUUCUCUUCAAACAUUUCAGGAUUUGCUUCUCUUAAAUGCUGGACCAAAGGUGGGCACUGAAAUCUUGAGCACAGUGCAUUGUACCUCUCCUGCCUGUUAGGUCAUUCCAGGACAAAAUAACCUGAAAUGACAACAACUUAUUUCAUAAGAGCAAUUGAGAAAAGUAUUUUCAGGGCCAUCAGAAUGAAUUAAACCACAUUUUUGUGUGUAUGUGGCAACCUCUGUAUGUGGCAGUGUUGGUACAAAAAGUUUCAGUCCAAUGGACUUGGCUGAACUUAGAAUUUAUUAUAAUUUUAAUGAGAGUUUUGUAACUCUUAAUUGGGAAAACAUGACGCACAAAUGAAAACCACCCUUCUCAAACUAAGUACAGGAGGCAAAACUUAAAAAAUAAAAUGCCAACCAAUGUGUCGGAUGGCCACAAUGCACGUUGCUGUAGUCAUAUCUGCAUUGCUGAGUAUGAAUCCAAGAUGUUCUGUAUUUUAACCUAAAAGGCAGUUCCUAGUUUGGCAAGCUAGAUCUUACUAGCUCUUACACGCUUGGGCUCCUCUUUCCAACCUGUGAUGGAAACAAAGUAAAAUUUAUGACAGGCUGAAUUUCCAUUGAGCCUAAAGAACUUUAAAGAGUAUAAAUAAGAAAGGCUUAAAAAAACCCCGACUAUUUUUAUUUAUUAAUGUAACUACCCACCUUUUUUUUGCCAAUAACCUCAUGUAUUUCAUUACACUAACUUUACCAUGAAGACCUUCACAGUAUUAUUAGGAAAAAAAAACCCUUUGUAAUAUCCUGUAUCCUUGAUCCCGUAUUACUAGGUGCUAUAAAUGUAUUUCUCUGCUAGCACAAACAAGCUCUUCUGGACCAAGCUGCAGUGUUGCACAUUUAUAAAAUACACUAACUCUCUGGCUUUUGUUUUCCUUAAAUGACUGAGAGCAGAUAUUGCCACUUGUGAGUUCAGUAUGUAUUUCAAAUAUCCAGCUAAAAAGCCUUAAAUCAUCCUUGUUUGAAGUUCAGAGUAAAACUUUUUCUCUUUUUAGCUCAACAGUUGGAAGGAGAAUUUGAGGACCAAAGAGGCACCCACUAAUGUUUGUUUCUGUCUGCUUGCUUUAGUUGUUUGAAACUGUUAAUUCUUUGUAAAAUGCUGUGUUACUCCUGAGGUAAUGAAAAGGUUGCAUUUUAACCACUUAUCUUUAUUCAGGAUAAAGUUCAUAUUGCAUCACCACCAGUUUUUAUUUCUGUGACCUGUAGUUCUUAAAACAUACCUCUCUAUACCUGUGGCCUUGGAUUUUGUUCACAUUUUUGCUGUUGUAAGAUUUGGUGCAUUUUUUUUGGAACCAUUAGUACUGGUCAAAUACGUGAGCUUUAACUACAGCCAAUGUGUAUAUAUGUAUAGUACGUACAGCCUGCCCUUGUACGAUGUAGAAGUCUGUUGUCUCUAAAACAUUAAAGCACAGUGUUCUCUUU